AAUAUAAUCCUUGGCGGGAUGCCAGUGAGUCGCGAGUGCUUUAUAAGAGAGUGCUGUCUGUACAGGUUAGCAGACUCAAGAACGGAAAGCUCAUACAGUCAAGAGGAUUACAGGACGAUCACCAAAGACUUCACCAUGCAGUUCAACACGCUGUUCUUCUUCCUGAUCCUUUCGUGUGUCUGCUUUGCUUUGGCACAAAUGUCCUACGACGACUGUUGUCUGAGAUAUGUGAGAAAAAUGGAGAAACGCGUGCAAAAACAUGCAGUUAGAUACACACACCAGAAGACAGAUGGCAGCUGCAACAUCCCAGCUGUGAUCUUCAAAAUGAGAAAGGGAAAGAAAUAUUGCACAGACCCCAGUGAAGGAUGGGUCAAGGAUCUGAUGCAGAUGAUUGAUGGAAAGACCAAAGCCAAGAAACCGCAAAGAAAGUAUCAAUACAGAGGCUGAAGAUGACUGCUUGAUGAAAAAGCCUUCCUUCACUUUUCUGCAGUCUUAUUAUUGAGUAAUUAAGCAGUUUUAUGGCAAUUUAAUGGCGUCUUUCAGGAAGACAACCGAGGAUGGUGGCCGAGAAAAUGUAGCACUGCUUUUGCUUUCACUCAGCAUUCAGAUAAAGGUCAAAAGCUAGUCUAGAGCAGCGGCGUUUUGCUCGAGGGUUCAACCCUUGAAACUGACAGACCACUUUUUAUUAUUAAGUUUUUCAAUGUAUGGCUGCUUCAGAGAAAACAUUUGGUUUCAGGAUGUCAGAUAUUGAAUUGGCUGUUUGAUUAUAAAACAUAAACAGUAAAUAAUAAUGUGAUUCCUGUUUUUUUUAAUGUCUUUAGGUACUUUUCACUGUUUAUAUUUCAGGCAAUAAUUUGUCUUUUUGUAAUUUGUGUCACAUAAAUGACAGUGUGUUAUUUCAUACAUUUUGUAUACAAGUUCUCAGAUAUUAUGUGUUCUAAGGAUGUGGAGACAAUAAUAAAUCUUAUCAAAUCCUAA